AUGGCCAGACGUGACUAUGCCCAAGACAAAGAGGCCAUCAAGGCUUUCCUCGGUGAAUUUUGCAAACAGGAUGACGAGGGCAAAAAGGAUUUCGUGUAUGCCCAACAAUUGGUGAAAAUAGCACAUCGCGAACAAGUUUUGUUGACCAUAGACUUGGAUCAUCUGGCGGAAUUUAAUGAAGGUUUGGCUGAGGCUGUUGUAAGCAAUAGCAGACGCUAUGCUAACCUUUUCAGUGAUGUUGUUGCGGAAAUGUUGCCCAACUUUAAGGAGCGUGAAAUACAUGCAAAAGAUGCUUUGGAUGUAUACAUAGAACAUCGUUUGUUAAUGGAAUCGCGUACACGCAAUCAAAUGGAACAACAUGAUCAACGGAAUCAUUUCCCGCCAGAGUUAAUGAAGAGAUUUGAAGUUGGUUUCAAGCCUCAAUCCAAUGUAAAGGCCCAUUCGAUUCGUGAAAUUAAAGCUGAACAUAUUGGUAAAUUGGUUACAGUGCGUGGUAUAGUUACGCGUUGUACAGAAGUUAAACCGAUGAUGGUUGUUGCCACAUAUACUUGCGAUCGCUGUGGUUCGGAAACAUAUCAACCCGUCAAUUCAUUGUCGUUUACGCCUAUAAGCGAUUGUCCUUCGGAUGAUUGUCGUGUAAACAAAGCCGGUGGUCGGCUUUAUUUACAAACGCGUGGUUCGAAAUUUGUAAAAUUCCAGGAAAUUAAGAUCCAGGAACACAGCGAUCAAGUUCCCGUCGGUCAUAUUCCACGAACAAUGACUAUUAUGUGCCGCGGAGAGGUUACUCGUAUGGCACAGCCAGGUGAUCACGUUUUAAUAUCUGGUACUUUCUUGCCGUUAAUGCGUACCGGUUUCCAGCAAGUUAUACAGGGACUUUUAUCGGAGACCUUUUUGCAGGCUUAUCGCAUCGUUUGCAUCAACAAAAACGACGAAAUAUCUGACAAAGAUUCCGAAUUGACUCCUGAAGAGUUGAACGAAUUGGCCCAGGAUGAUUUCUAUGAGCGGCUGGCUACAAGUUUGGCGCCAGAAAUCUAUGGUCAUUUGGACGUCAAGAAAGCCUUAUUGCUUCUUUUGGUUGGCGGUGUCGACAAACGACCAGACGGAAUGAAAAUCAGAGGCAACAUUAAUAUUUGCCUAAUGGGUGAUCCUGGUGUAGCCAAGUCACAGUUGUUGGGCUACAUAAGUCGUUUAGCUAUUCGAUCCCAAUACACCACUGGCAGAGGUUCAUCUGGUGUUGGUUUGACUGCAGCUGUUAUGAAAGAUCCCUUAACCGGUGAAAUGACUUUGGAAGGUGGUGCACUGGUCUUGGCUGAUCAAGGUGUUUGUUGCAUUGAUGAAUUUGAUAAAAUGGCUGAAGCUGAUCGUACUGCAAUUCACGAAGUCAUGGAACAACAGACCAUAUCAAUUGCUAAAGCUGGUAUUAUGACAACACUUAAUGCUAGAGUCUCAAUUUUAGCAGCAGCCAAUCCUGCAUUUGGUCGUUACAAUCCCCGUCGUACAGUUGAACAAAAUAUCCAACUGCCAGCAGCUUUACUGUCACGUUUUGAUCUAUUAUGGCUUAUACAGGAUAAACCAGAUCGUGAUAAUGAUUUACGUUUGGCUAAGCAUAUCACUUAUGUGCACAGUCAUUCGAAACAACCGCCCACUCGUGUAAAGGCAUUGGACAUGAAUCUUAUGCGUCGUUAUAUCAAUUUGUGCAAACGCAAAAACCCCACCAUUCCGGAUGAGUUGACAGAUUACAUUGUAGGAGCCUAUGUUGAGCUCAGACGCGAAGCUCGCACUCAGAAAGAUAUGACUUUCACAUCGGCUCGUAAUCUUUUGGGUAUAUUACGUUUAUCGACAGCAUUGGCACGUUUGCGUUUAUCCGAUAAGGUAGAAAAAGACGAUGUUGCUGAGGCAUUACGUUUGUUGGAAAUGUCGAAAGAUUCACUCAAUCAAAUACAUGAACACCAAAAGGGACACGUUCCCAACACCUCCGAUAAAAUCUUUGCUGUUGUUCGUGAGUUGGCUGGCAGUAACAAUACCGUUAAAAUUGCUGAUGUUAUGGAUCGUUGCACAACCAAAGGUUUUAAACCCGAUCAAGUGGACAAAUGCAUUGAAGAUUACGAAGAACUUAAUGUUUGGCAGGUCAAUAUGGCUCGUACGAAAAUCACGUUUAUGUAAAUGCCAAAUUGUCUAUUUGGAGUGUGGUUCUACUCACUCGAAUAUU